AUGUGCCUUGAACAGGCCCUCGGCUUGCUGAGUCGCUUGAGCAUGGGCAGCUGCCCUUGCCGGUCGAAGAAACCGGCUGACAGGCCUGUUGAGAUGCAGUUCGGUCCUUCCGCUGGAUCCUUGUCGUCGCGCGGUCGGCCAGAUGCCCUGGGCACAGCUGAAAUCCUCAUCAAGUUUCUCAAAGGGCAGGGGACGGACAGUGAGGAGAGGACCUUGGAGGACAUCUUAAAGUCCGAAGAUGAUUGGAUGGAGGCUUGCCACAACUAUGUGCAGUGGAUCUUCCCGACGGAUGAAGCCUCCAUGUUCAACAGGGCAGCCCCUAUGAUGACCCCCCACGUCCAGAAGGUGUGCAGGGAGGACCCGGAAAUCCAAGCGAACUUCGACCUUAUACUAAAGAGGUUCCUCUCAUUCCUUGGGCUGGAGAUGAAGGCCGACGGAGGAGAGCUGCAAAUCGUCAGGGCCGACCACUUCAGCUCGCGGGAGAGGGACUGCUGGUUAUCUUUUUUCGGCGGGAACCACAACUGGUUGCGCAUUUCGCGCGUUCUUCAUUGCCUCGGAAUGAUUGGCAAGAAGGCCGAGCAGCAAGCGUUGAUGAAGUGUUUGGAGGGCAUGAAGGCAGAUUAUCCCGAGGUGAUGAGCGCCAUGCCCCAUUGGAGACGUCGGGCCGAAGUCGGCUGA